AUGUCGGACGCUACCUUCGAGUUCCUGCCCCUGGGCGCCAUCCUGCAGUCCUUCAAGGUCAAGGGCGUCAACAUUGUCCAAGGCUUCCCGACCCAGGACCUCUACGAGAAGCACAACUCGCCUUACUUUGGCGUCACCGUCGGCCGUGUCGCGAACCGCCUCGCCUCGGCGCAGAUCAAGUCCCUCAACGGGGGCAAGACGUACAAGCUCGCCGCCAACGACGGCAACAAUAACCUGCACGGCGGCGCCAAGCCCUGGAGCUCCAAGGUCUGGGAGGGUCCCAAGCCCGUCGGCGUCCGCGCGAUCCCGGGCGUCGAGGGUCUCCAGGGUGGCGAGAGCGUCCAGUUCUCGCUCACCAGCGAGGACGGCGACGAAGGGUUCCCCGGAAAGGUUCAGGUAAAGGUCAUCUACACGGCCGGCACGCAGCAGGUGGACGGCAAGGAGGUCUCGGUGCUGGGCAUGGAGUACGAGGCGCAGCUCGUCGACGGCGCCGAGGAGACGGCUAUCAACAUGACGAACCACUCGUACUUUAAUCUCACGGGCGACGAGACCUUUGCUGGCACCGUCGCGACGCUGGCGACGAACGCGUACCUUCCCCGCGAGGACGGUAUUCCCACCGGUGGGCCGGCGCCCUUCCCGGGCAUCGAGGGCGGUAAGCCGUUUGAGCUCGGCGUCGAGGCCCCCGCGGUGGACGACUGCUUUGUCGUCGUCGAGGAGAAGGAGGCUGGCGCGGUGCCGAUCGAUACCCGCCAAGCGCCGCUGAAGCUGCACGUGCACGCGAAGCACCCCAAGAACGGGGUCAACCUCGAGGUUCUCAGCACGGAGCCGGCGUUCCAGUUUUACACGGGCGAGGGGAUCGAUGUGCCCGCCGUGGGAGGGGUUGCGGCGCGGGGCAAGAGGAGCGGGUUCUGUGUCGAGCCGAGUCGGUGGGUGAAUGCGGUUAAUGUGGAUGAGUGGAAGGGCCAGAUGUUAUUGAAGAAGGGGGAGACGUAUGGCACGAGGAUUGUGUACAAGGCUUGGAGCGAGUAG